GGCGACAAAGACGAGUUUGUACUGGUCAACGACAGAGAAGAGGAGGAAGAGGUGUCCAAGAACCACGGACGGACUGGGGAGGACUGGGAGAUGGUGUCAGUGGAGGACGGUGGUGGGAGACUACCUCUGGUCAUGGACAAAGAUCCAGAGGGACUGUGUGAGAUCGUAGAGCAGAGUCGCAUCUUGGAUGCAACGCUUGUCAGAGAGCUCUCAGCCGAGUUGCCUCCCAGGACAGUGGGCCACAUGUGGCAUCUGGCCUACAGCACGUCUCUUCACGGCUCCAGCCUCAAGUCCCUCUACCGGAAGCUGAACGGCAGCGACUCGCCUGUACUCAUGGUCAUUAAGGACUCGCUCAAUCAGGUGUUUGGGAGCUUUCUCUCUCACCCACUGAGGCCGAGCGAGACCUUCUACGGCACAGGAGAGACAUUUCUCUUCAUGCUGCGUCCUCGAUUCAAGUGUUUCAGAUGGACCGGAGAAAACUCCUUCUUCAUAAAGGGAGACCUGGACUCUUUUGCUAUCGGAGGAGGAAGUGGUCACUUUGGCCUGUGGCUAGAUGAGACUCUGUACCUGGGCAGGAGUAGCCCAUGUUACACCUUCAACAACUGCUGCCUCUCGGAAAGAGACGACUUCCACGUCAUAGACCUGGAGGUGUGGACGUUCUGGUGAAGGCCUGCCCUCUUCAGCUCGCCUAGCAACACCCACUCACUCUGUCUGGCCAUCCAAUGACUGCUUUAAACAAGACUCUAGAACCCAUCUCUUCUAGAACAAUGAGUUGUUGGAGGUACCUGUUUUGACUUAAUUCUGUGGAUUUGGGCUGCAAUCUGAACUGUGAUUAUUCUGAACCCUAGCUCUGAAUGUGGACCAAACCAUUAGGUGGAGGAGGGGUGUUGGUGGUUUGGGACUGAGGUUGAAGCCUCACUCCAUUGGAAGACUUGCCCUGUUGCAACCCCCCCACUCCUUUUGCAGGUUGGUAUGGUCCUCACUUUCAACUGACUGUGCAUUGUGGAUACUGUAGUUCUGUGGUGGAAUUCACAUCUCCUUCUAGCAAUGAUCUCCAUCUGAAGACCUACCUGCAUGUGCAAGCCUGCAUUUCCACCCCAGCACAAUUGGCACUGUUAUUCUGGCAUCAUCUUUUUGUUGUACAUCUGUUUGCCUCUUGUGAAUCGCUAACCUGAAGGUGGCUGUCUCUUUUGUAAAAUGGAGGAACUGAAAUUUGAAGAAAUAGGGGCUUAAGAUGCCCCUUUUUGCAUAUGGACCAAAUUAUAUGAACUGAUGUACAAAUUUAGUUAACUUGAACAAAAAGAGGACGCAGUCUAACCUAACUGUCUUUAAAAAUGUUUAAUGCUACCCACUAUCCAUCAAACAAUACCUGAAAGUUGCUGUCACUGAUCAGAAGUUAGAUCUAUGUUCCCAUAAUACAACAAGUAGACAAAAUCAACAAAAUGUUUAAAAUAGGGCUAAUGUUAUUAUAACAUGUCUUUAUCUGAUAUUUUUGAGAAACAUCGAGCUCAUCCAGUGGUCAAUGCAAGCUUGGGGACAAAAUAUCAAUCAAGACUCCUUUUAGCAAAGACCCAUUUUAGUCAAAGGUUAUUUCAAGGGGAUGCAAUGCUAACAUGUGCAUACAUUGCUGCGAUUUAAAAGGAACGAUUCAUUCAUUUUGAACGUUAUAUCAUAUUUGUGCAUCUCUGAGCGAUGUUCUAUCGAUUCCCGGGGUCAUUUCAUGUUUAUCUGAGCGAUUCGCUGUUCAAGCAGGCAAAAAUACAGCCUGCUUGAACAGCGACUAGCUCAGAUACACAUGAAAUGACCCCGGGAAUUGAUAGAACAGAGAUGCACAUACGAUAUAACAUUCAAAAUAGGUGAAUCUUUCCUUUAACAAGAGGAUGGAGAAAUAACAUUUUGCUAAGAUAUUACCUGAUUCAAAUGUACUCACUAAGUCCAUUUCAUCUUGCCCUUGAUAACGGUUCAUUUUGUUAGAUAAUCUUUGGUGUAGUCACACCGUGAAUUCUGAUCUCAUGGGCAAGGUGUUCUGAAACUACAGGUUAAUUAAAAUGAGAUGUACAGCAAUGUUUGGCUUCAUAGGAAAGAUAACAAAAAGCAAUUACAUUAAACAUUGUGCCACCAUC